CAUCAGCGGUCGACUAAGGAGCAGCCGCUUUCGGAGUGUAUGCUGGAAGGUGACUGCCCAAUAGGUCAAGGAGUGCUACGGGGUUAAACCAAAGUGUUUACCAAUUAGAAAACUCAUUCACUGUUGUAUCUGGAGGCUCUCCCAGAGGACAAGAGUCAGUGGAUCAACAAAACCAAAGAGCUCCGGGCUCAGUAUGAGAAGAUUAAAGAAACUCACAUCACAAACCCUCGCAAGGCUGCGGGCCAGCAGGACUUGGUGGUCAACAACCCACUGUCCCAAGACGAGGGGAGCCUGUGGAACAAGUUCUUCCAGGAUAAAGAGCUGAAGGGGAUGAUCAAGCAAGACGUAUUGAGAACGUUUCCUGAGAUUCGUUACUUCCAGGAUGAGGACGUGCGGACCAAGCUGACGGACAUUCUCUUCUGUUACGCCAGAGAAAAUGAACAGUUGCUUUACAAGCAGGGGAUGCAUGAGUUGCUGGCUCCCAUCGUGUUCGUGCUGCACUGCGACCACCAAGCCUUCCUCCACGCCAGCGAGACAGCAAGCCCCAGUGAAGAGAUGAAGUGUCUGUUGGACCCACUGUACCUUGAGCAUGAUGCCUACGCGCUGUUCUCUCAGCUGAUGGAGACAGCAGAGCCGUGGUUCUCUUGCUAUGAAAGAGAAGUGAGAAGGGGUAAAGAAGAAAUGCUCAGCAGCAUCCCUUUUGCACGGCCUCAGGACUUGGGGCCAUCUGUUGCCAUAGUAACCAAAGUCAAUCGCAUCCAAGAUCAACUGGUGAAGAAGCACGACGUGGAGCUGCACAUGCACCUCAACCGGCUGGAAAUCGCCCCACAAAUCUACGGCAUCCGCUGGGUGCGUUUGCUGUUCGGACGCGAGUUUCCCCUUCAGGACCUGCUGGUGGUUUGGGACGCUCUGUUUGCUGACAGCAUCACUCUGGACCUGGUGGAUUACGUCUUUGUGGCCAUGCUGCUCUACAUCCGAGAUGCGCUGAUCGCGAGCAACUUCCAGACCUGCCUGGGCCUCCUGAUGCACUAUCCUCCAAUCGGGGACAUCAACUCUCUGCUGCAGAAAGCUCUGUUCCUCCGCGAUCCCAGAAAUCAUCCACGACCUGUCAACUACCAGUUCCAGCAGAACCUGGAUUACUACAAAACAAGGGGAGCCGACCUAAUGAAUAAGACACGUUCUAGCACAAAAGCCGCUCCCCUAAACAUGAACAAGGUGUCGAGCAGCCUGCUGAAUUUUGGCAGGAAACUCAUCUCUCCGGCCAUAUCAGGAGCAUCCAGCGCAGCGACGCCCAUCAACAGCGACGUGCACUCCUCGUCCUCCUUGUCCACUUCACCUACAAUGACCACCGCGCCCGCCUUGCCACACCCGCUCGCUGAGCCUCCUCCGUCAGACCAAGCACCGCCUCCCCAGAGCCACACCCACUCGCAGCACUACCGCAUGCUGAAAUCCGAGAGCAUGCCCGUCCAUCUCGGCAAAGAUGCACUUUCAGGUGGAGCCUUUCAGGUCUCUCUCCCAGCACAGACUCGCACUGACACGCAAGGCCAAAGCUCCAAGACGGUCAGCACCUCUCCCAGCAUUGACAGCCUCUCCACUGGGCAGGGUCAGUCCUGUGCCUCGCCGCCCCUGCCGCUCUCCAGAGGAGGAAGCGAUGUCAGCGCCUCGUCGCCGCCCCUCUCGGCCACCAAGAAAGAGCCAUUCUUCCACAUCACUCGCUCACGCUCUCACAGCAAGACCAUGUCUAGGAAGGAGACGGAGGAGGACUUGGAGGCCCAAGUGUCGUUCCUGCAGGGUCAGAUUAACGACUUGGAAGCUAUGAGCAAAUACUGUGCCAAGAUGAUGAACACUCACAUUUGUAAAAUCCAGGAGGUGAUCUUGCAACAAAACUUGGAAAAAGAGGAUGAGGUCCUUGUUUCAUUGGCAGGUCUCAAGCAGAUUAAGGACAUCCUGAAGGGGGCGCUGCACUUCAACCAGAGCCAGCUGGAGGCUGAAGAGAACGAGGAGAUCAACAUUGCGGACAACCACUACACCUCAGCUGCAGAACCGCCCCUUGGCACCAGCGGUCGACUCGACAACCACCAACCGCAAGGUGGCGGUAGUGGGGACUGCAGGAGGAGGCGAUGCCCUGAUGGUGACGGGAGCGAGAGCGCUGAAGAGAAGGAAGAGGAGGAGGCGCGAAUGAUGACUCCACAUGAGGUGGCGUCUACCAUCGGCUCGGAGGCUAAGAACUGGGACGACUACAUCCUUGUGUCCCAGGAUGGAGACCUGCAGGGCGCCGACGGAGGACGGGCCGCUUCGGAGCGCACCCCUCCCAUCAGGCGAGGCCGCGGCCUCGUGCGCAUGGAGCCAGAGGGAGCGCCGGGGAUCUUCAACGACCCCCUGAUGGCCGGCGCCAGCGCCUCGGGUUCAUCCAGCCCGGACGAGGGCUCCAUCAACAGCAAGGACUCAGACUUCACCAUCGUCAACCCGAGCGAUUUGUGAACAAGUGAGCCACCGACUCCUCUCCUCCUCUUCCUUUAUUCCAUCUACACACACGAGGCUGCCGUGAUAGAAAAAAAAGAGUGAGGGAGGUGGAUUUUUUUGGCGGGAAGCUGCUAUCCUUUAAGAGUUGCACAUAGAAAGGCAGUCUUUAACCACAUUAUGAUAUCUCCUCUACUGUUUAAGUCCAUGUAGAAUACUCAUCUAGAAACCACACCUGCCACUCGUGUUUAGUUGCAAUGAGAAUGUAAAUAGUGUGACUUUUAAGAUGCAAUUGAUACACAGAGAACUUUACUCUGGAUUAGUUUGAUUCCUAAUGUCUUCUGACUGCUAUACAUACAAGCUACAGUAUGUGGUUACUGUGUCUUAACGGAGGAUGUUUACUCCUCUGUUGGGGAAGAGAGACAAUGAUUUAACCAGUGCCUCGAAGCAUUCAUCUUAAUUAACUAAACCACACCCGACUGUGAUCUUAUUCCAUGUUUUUUAUGCUUGUUUUUUAACCCUUCACCAUCAGUUUCCAGUAGGAUUAUUAAAUUAUGGAAUGUCUUUUUUUUUUUUUUUAAUUGAUCAGUUUUUCAUUUGUUACAUGAAAGUUAACAUGGUGUCCUGUUGAAACCGAAGCAGUGCACACAAAUAAUGACGCCCGCACCCCUACCCCCCUCCCUAACUGCUCACUCAGCAUAAUUCACUGCAAACAAAUAAAAACUGGCUCCGCACUGAAGUCACUGUGUGUGCUUAGCAAGCAAUUUAGUUCAACAAUGCAAAAGUUGGCUGAAGUUUUGGAUUAGUUCCACGUUGGAUCUUUGCAAACGUACUUUUUCAUUCCCUCUGAAAAGGCUGCAGAAGCGUUAGGUUGAGUGUGAGUAAAUCUGUGAAUUAAAUACAAUACAGUAUUGAAUAAAGUCCCAUCUAGCUUAAAAAAUGUAAUUUAAAAAAAAUUAAAUCGCCUCAAAUUGAUUGAAAAAUUAAAAAAAAAAAAAUGGGUUUCAGUCCAUUGCUUUCAUUUGAACAAAUGCCUAUUCGGCAUUACAUGUAUCAUCCAGACAAGUGGCUCACGUACUACAUCGUGCUACAUCAAAUAGAUUUGUGUUAUAAAAUAUUACUCAUUUGCUGUAUCACUUAUAACACAAAGCUAAGAUGUGCAUGUUUUGUUCAGAUAGCAAAUUGGCCUACGUUGGAUUCGUUUUAGCGUCUUUUAAUGAAUAAACACCUCAAAUUGGCCCCCGUGCGUCCUUUUAAUUUUUCUGUAUGCGUGUAUCCCUUGGUGGAACAAGUCUGGACACCCCUGACCUACGUCAACUUAAUUGGUCGAAAUGAGCACAAAUUCAAAUCGCAACAUGAAUUCACGUAGGCAUCUCUUUUUAAAAACUACUUUUAUUUUCAUCUUCCCUUGCAAGGAAGGUGCUCGCCGAUGCACAAUUACUGCACACAUGGACCAAGAAUGUUGCAACUUGUGUAAAAUAUUCGUUUACAACAAAAACCAAGAGCGAUAUUAAAAUACUGUACAAUACUUUGCACGUGAAGGAAGCAGAACACACGCGAGGCAGAUGCGACGAAACACAGAAAUGAUUCAUCUCACAGAGAGAUUGGUUUAAGACAACAAUAUUUAGUGGGUUUUUAAUGGUGAUUGGAUAAGGAGAAUUGCACCACGGCUGACACGGAUGUGGAUCAUACAAGCAUGGUGAAAUGACAGAAAUACUGGGACAGCGGAACUCCGGGGCAUUUGUGCUCAUAACCUAAAACAAACACGUUGACAUCCUCUGAGGCUGAUGCAUGAAAUUGGUUCUUCCUUGGAAUGUGGUAGACCCAACAACAAGUGUGGUGAGAGUCGAUUUUUGCACACGGACAGACGAGACAGACACGUGAAACCUAUGAAGGCAUUUGGGUCGAGUCCGGUCUCAUUCUCCGCCAUCGGUCCUCACACACUCGUGGCACUGCUCGCUUUGUCGUGACUGCGAGCGUGCUCUCGUAGCUCCUAGACCCUCCCGAGUGAGGUUGCCGGUGAGAGCGGCGUCGUGUACCUGCUUCAUGUUCUCCUGGACUUCAGCCUUGGCGUGAGUGAGCAGAUCAGCUUGACCCUGCACAGGAAGACCCGAUUAAAAAAAAAAAAAAAGGUAAGAGAACAGCAAGAAGUGACUUCAGGCUACAUUGUAGGUUGUUACUUCAAAUGUGUGUUUCUGACCUUAAGGAUGGUGAUGUUCCAGCUGAAGCUUUCCACCGCUCGACCCACCUUGCGACCUUUCAGCCCCUCCUUUGCCGCCAGGCUCUGCAGCUUCUCAUGGAACAUCAUGGCUGCAAAAACAUUGCAGGUUAGGGGUGCAUACUGGUGAUGCCGUGUGUUCACAGGACACCUGAUAUAGCGAUACAUCCAACGGUAUGAAAUAUUACUGUGGCUCUACAGAACUACGCUGUUUCGAACAUUUUCGUUACCCCACACGUUCAACUAAAUUGUUCUGCUGUUCAGAAAUUUAAGGGCCGGGGGAGCGUUCUGUUGUGUUUAAACCAACAAAAAGUCCAUUUAAAGACAGGAGAACACUGCUCUUUUUAGGGACCAGGGGAAGGAAGCUAGUCAAAGCUCAUCUAUAUAACAGCACAAUGUUGUUUUUAACAACACUUCUGAAAGAGCCUGCGUAUGCUGUUUUUAAGAACCUACUUCCAAGAAAAUCAACUCAAAGAUCCUCUACACGACAGCAGCACUUUGUUGUUUUCAAAGACCUACUGUACUGCAAAAACACGAAUUCAAAGAUCCUUUAAGGCAGGAGUUCACUGCUGUUUUUAGGGAUCGGACAAAAAAUGCUGGUCAAAGAUCCUCUUUGUGACAGGAGCGAUCUGCUGGUUUUGAGAACCUACUGCAAAAAAAAAAAAAAUCUACUCAAAAAGAUCAACUGUAUGAGAUGAGUGCUAUUUAGUGACGUGAAAAGGUUUGUGGCAAAAAUAAUGAAAUGGAUCAUACAAAACGGUGGAACUUGUGUUUCAGCCGCUGUGCUUCCAAAAGUAUAACACCAAACACAUUUUGUUGCAUCCAAACUCUGACAAAAUGUUACACCUCAUGGUAGGCCUGUCACGAUAACAAAUUUUGCUGGUUGAUAAUUAUGCUACGAAUUAUCGUCGAUAAUCGAUAUUAUCGACAUUUUUUGAAACCAUUUUUUCAUUAUUGUCAUUAGAGGUGUAUGCACAUUUGAACCACUAGAUGGUACUCAAGCACAGUAUGCCUGUGUGAGCCACAUUAGCUCGCCACAGAAGUUGCCUGUACAUGUGUUGUUUCAAAUUGAUGCCAUAUAACUGUAUUGAAUGGUUGCAUUUCCUUUGCAAGGUAGCGAGCGACGCUGAGCGUGCACCUUUUUGCACUGUUUUGUUUAUAUUUGCCGACUAAACGCCUCAGUAAGCGUUGACUGUCGGGCGAAGGCUCCGCUGCCCGAGGCACCUCCAUCUGUUUUUUUUCCCCCCCAGUUGAUAAUAAGAAACCAUCGCUUCUGUGCUCCAUUCAUGUUCGCGUAUGCUGCCUGACGAAGCUAACUGCUAACCCUCUGUAUCCACUCACUAGUAGCCCCGCCUCUACAAAGAGGCUGAAUGAGGAGUGCUCACUCACUCUGUUCAUUCCACUAUAGAACCAAUGCGCACAGACAGAUGCAGAGUGAACCCUCUUGUCAUCCAGCCUGUGUGGUACAGAGAGACGAUCAGAUGAAACACGCAUACAUGCACAUGUCAGUUUAUCGAGGGCGUCAUAAUUAUCGACCUGUUUUUUUUUAUCGUUCUAUUCAUCCAUUUAUUGACGAUCGUGCCAUGCCUAGUAAACAGCGUAUUACACACACAAUGUUGCUAAAAGUCAAUCAAGGAGGUGUAUAUGCAAAUGAGCUGUCGUCUGCAUUGACACAUAAUAUCCUGACAACGAAAGUGACACAGAUUCAAAAUCAGAAAUAUUGUGAUUUCAGUGCAAUUUUUGCUUAAAAAUUGACUGAGUCCAUUUUAUUUUCAUUGGGGAUUUUCUGUCUUUUUGAAAGUCCUUGACAUUCCAGUUACAAUGUUACUCUUGAGAAACAAAAGUUGCUUUUGAUGCGGUGUGCUCGCAUUAUUAUGCCAUACAUUAAAAAAUGUAGUCUCAAAAUAAUGUUGACAAUAAUAUCGUUUAUUGCCAAUAAUUUCUGGGACAAUUAUGGUGCAGCUAAAGCAGGCCUACCUCAGACAAAACUAAGCGUUAUUAUUUUGUAUAAUUUGAAUGCCGAUCAUUUGAGCAGGUGUACCUAUUGAUAUGGCGGAGUGUGUCCAGUAUGUCAGCAGGUAUUGUAGAUGCCUCGCUUACCACACGUCUUAAAUGGUGCAUAUCCAAAGCAACAGGCUUGUCAAACAUGAGAAAAUGUGGGCUUGUAGGUAGCGGAGAAGGGAAGUGUGUCCGCUGGCUAGUUGUGUGUUUGUGUGCGUGCGCGCGUGUAGUGGGUUGUGUUGUGUAUCUGCCUUCCUCUGGCCGCCUUUGGCCACUGUCCCGCAGUUGCCAUGGAAACAGAAGUGGGUUAACACGGGCGCACAUUAAACCGUGAGCCAUCAAGAGCCCAGACGUAAAACAUGCCAAGGAGUGGACCAGACACACACACACACACACACACACACACACACACACACACACACACACACAGAGUGUAGAGUAAUGGCGUAUAAUUGAGCCGCUCUGUGCUGCACAUACACCUACAGAAGUUGACUGAAUUGUAACCUUUACAUCCCUGUUGCUAGGUAACUUCAGGCCUAUGGAGCAGCAUUGCAUGCAUGCAUGCAUGCAUGUAUGAUUGUUGUUGUGCUGCUGAAUGUUAUUUCCUAGCAAACUGUAGGGCACUAACCCCAAGGCUGCGACCCCACAAGUGCGUCAUUUUUACCUCACAUCUUGGUUAAGGUCAGAGGCUAAGGGUCGAGGGAGGGAUGAGAAUUUACAAAAACUGACCCAGCUUCCAGUCUGACAGGCUGGGGAGUCAAAAAUAUAUGGUUUUCUGUGGAGCCGAGCUCAACAGGAGGCUCUUAAAGGGCCGGUAAUUGAAGUGGGGGAAAAAACAAGUCUUUUAAUAGUAAUAAUAAUUCAUCAAAUGCAUAAAAGCGCUUUAAGGAGAAAUGUAUGAUUACAAUUAGGGAUUUUUGUGUAUACUGCACUUUUUACACAGAACUUGUAGUCCAAGUGACACUAUGAUCCAAACCAGUGUUGUUCAUUUAUACAUUAAAUUCAGUGGACUGUUUAAUUUAGAUUUUUUUAUGCAUUACAGGGACUAUUAUCAUUUAAGGCAAACCAGUCUAAAUUAAACUCAAUACAGUGUUCCAUCGCGGUUCACCUUUCGAGGAUUUGCAGAUUUUUUUUUGUGCUUUUUAAAAAAUUGAUCACACUGUAUGAACGCUGUUACAGGCCGAGCCUGGCUCUUAAAGAAGACUUACAUUGCGGGAAGUCGAGUGUCUGCACCGCCCAUUGUUUUCUGCGACCUGAUUGGCCGUGCCGUCCUGCCACGUCUCCUGUGUCAUCGCUAGCUUGCUUGCUUGCUAGCUUGUAAAUGAAUUUUCGGUUCGUCUGAUUAUGUUGAAAACAAAAACGCUACAGUCCAGCUGAACGUCGCCAGGACGAAAAGGCACGGUCAAAGGAGUGAAAUAUGCGCGAGUCACUCUAUUAGAAAAUAUGUGAUCUGUAUUGAAUGUCAUUAGAUGGUGCAGGCGUACCUAAUGUUAAGUGUGUUAUGUGCAACUGCUUAUUUACAGUGGCUUGAAAAAGUAUUCAUACCCCUUGAACUUUCCCACAUUUUGUUACGUUCCGACCAUAAAGAUAAAUUGAUUUUAUUAGCAUUUUAGAUGAAAGAUCAACACAAAGCUGCAGCUGUAAUUUCAGCGAGAGUUGGUUCCACCAAGUAUUGACACAGGGGGGCUGAAUACUUUUGCACGCCACAUUUUUCAGUUUUUUUAUUUUUAAACAAAUUUGAAAGUCAUGUACAAUUUUCCUUCUACUUGGCAAUUGUGUGUCGCUUUGUGUUGAUCUUUCAUCUAAAAUGCCAAUAAAAUAUAUUUAUGUUAGUGGUCGGAACGUGACAAAAUGUGGGAAAGUUCAAGGGGUAUGAAUACUUUUUCACGCCACUGUAUCACAAAUCUGAUUGGUCGUAACCUUCCCGAGUGUCUUGCCCCUCGCGUCAGGGAUCACUUGAUCACCAUCUUCACAGUAUGCAAACAGGAAGUGCUGUGUACUCUCUGACCUGAGGCUCUGCAGCAGAUAAGCCAACACGCUCUAUUUAUAAAAGUUGAAACGUCUCUGCGUGUUCUCUGCGGGCACUCGUCUUCCUCCCACUUUCCAAAAAUAUGCUAAUUAACUGGAGACUCUAAAUUGUGCUCAGCGAUUGGCUGGCGACCAAUCCAGGGUGUAGAAGACAGCUGGGAUAGGCUCCAGCAUACCCGCAACCCUAGUGAGGACAAUGGGUGUAGAAGAUGAAUGGCUUGAGUUGCUUGGGGGGGGGGUUUCUGCUACUGCUACGCUCGUCUCUAUUCAAACCAUUUCGACACAACAAAUGCACGUGAAACCCACAUGCACUGGGGCUGCAUAACAAAAAUAUCUUACAAGGGUUCUUUUUUUCCCGUCUUAAACACAUGAUUUACAAUUUAAUGGCCCUGUGAUGACAAGUUUAGCUGCUUGGAGUCACACGGAUGAUUUAACACGAAAAUACACUACAUGGACAAAUGUCUUGGGACAGCUCUUAAUCAAUGAAUCAACAAAGGCCUCGGCUUCUUUUCACUCACCCAUCAUCUGGAUGUGCAGAAUCUUCUCAUAAAUACCAUCUGAGAGCUCCAGCACGGAUCUGCUGGCCUGCACCAUCUGCACACAUGAUGUUAAAUUCAAUACACAUUUAUAGUCAAUAAUCAAAAGAGUGUGAAAGGGCAAUGCACAUUUCCAAUAAAGCCGUCGUAAAGCUUUGCAUGUGUAGCCGGUCAUUAAAAUAAUGAAGAAACUUCUUUAUAGCUACAGUGUAUACGCGUCUGCAGAUAAACGUAUGCACUUUGUAGAGGGCUCCUUGGAGGCCUCUUGUGAAGUAACGACCGCACACGCACACAUGGUGCACAGUAAUAACAUUAGUAGCCUCUGGCUGAUUAAUGCUAGGCCUCUGCUUGAAAAGCCUGCAGGGAUGUGACCUGCUGUUUAACAAACUAUUGCUUAAGUGUAAUAAGCCAGGUUUUCGCAACACACAUACAGUGUUUAAGAUAGAGGUUGUGAAAAUAUUUUUUAACCCAACUUUAUGCUAAUGAGAUUCAGCACCGAGGUGGUCCUUUCAACUCCGAUCUGGUUGGCUGGAAAUGGAUGUGGUUGCAGAUGCACACUUGACACGUACUAAAAAGGCAGUGACUAACAACUGUAAUUAAAUUGGGUCUAUACACCGUAGCCUUCAUUACAGCUUAAUAAGAUCAUUUUUCAUUCAUUUUUCUUCUCACAUGCAACACUAACAUGUGCACAGUACGUGUCGCAGCUUCCAUUGCCCGUAAAGCGGCAGUAAGGCCGAGGGGUACGAGUCUCAUCUGCGUGGAAACCCCUGUAUGUGGGUCAACCACAGUUGAAGCAGGCCCGGAGGGAAAAGGAGGAUAGGGCAGGAAAUGUUUAGGUUGGAGGGAUGAGAGUGGAAGAAUGAAGGCACGAGAAGGUGACUGUCAAAGCAAAAUGAGCAUUAAAAACAGCGGUCGUGUCAUUCGGCACACCUGCAUGAUCGAAAGCGUACCAGCAAAGUAUCAACUGCUGUGUUUUAAUGAUGAUAAAAACACUCUUUAAACAUUCCAAAACACGUUAAAAUGACUUUUCUAUGUGAAAUGACUACUAAAUUAAGUUGGUCAGAGACCCCAAGGCUAAAUUGCUCCCUUAAAACUUGCUACUCUGCAAAACUGAAAUCCAAGCAAGAUUAAAUGGCUAAAAUCUAAUUUUGCUUUAAAGUAAUAUACAAAAAUCAGAACUUAUUUAUAAAUAAUCUGCCAACAGGACAUGUAAACGCUUGAAACAAGCAAAAUUGAAUUUGGGUGAGUUAAAUUGUUCUUUUUCUUAUUUUAAGAAGUGUAUCAGAUUUUAGUACAUAUUUUAGUACAUAUUACUUAAGAAAAUUGGUAAAAAUAAAAAUAAAAAAAUAUGUAUAUUUUUUAAAAAGGGCCUGAUAAAUAAAUAAGGAAACAAAAAACCUUGUUGGUAUUGAUUUUUUUUUUUUUGUUUUUUUACCUUGAUUUCAGUUUUUCCAAUGCACAUACAGUACUGUUUAUCCAAGCUAAUAAAUAAAGUAAGAGACAUAUUAUUUAUUACAUAUCUCAGUAUGAUUCAUGAUAAUAUGUUUACUAUUGGUGUGUUAUAAGUCUGACUUAACUUUCUCAGCCAAUGAAAGUCCCGUCGUCAUUUGGGAACGCACUAGAUUCAGGCCAAGGCGACAUAACAAGUCAUUUUGUGUUAAAAGUAUGUGCUCUAAAGGAAGCUUUGUUCACACAGGGGGUGUUCAUUGUUGUGUGAAGCAGACAGGAAGAUGGGCGGUGGUGCUUUGGUGUUCUUUGUGGCUUUUGUUUAGCAUUUCCUUCCUUUUUAUGCACUUCGGAGAUAGUAGUAGAUGUAGAUGUAGGGGAGGAAACAAAGAGCAUAUUUACUGUCAGCUCCUUUCCUUCCUCACCAUUUCAUAUGUGGAGACAACACGGCGAAGGACAUCAGGCAGGGGUCCCUGCGGCUCCAGGGUAGGAUAGUGCUUCUCAAGGUCAAACAGUAGUAAUGGUAUCCCGUCAGGUCCUGUCACCCUGGAGCGUAGUGCUAGUAUACACUGCAUGAGGUUCGACACGGCCGACACCCCGCAUAGCUCCCUGAACACAGCCACCGAGUUCUUUUUGGAAAAAAGAAAAUGAAAUGACUCAGUGGACAAAACAAUCCAAUAAACCAGCCACAGGACUUUGGACUCCCUCACCUGCAUGUUUUCCCUCAAGUCCGUGGCGUCUCUCAGCAGAGGAGCAGCCAUCUUGAAAACAUCAUCUACAGACCGGAUUCUCAGGUCUCUUAGAGCCGUGUAGUCCCGCCCUUUCCGGGCUUUCCGCACAGACAGACCCCUUUUGUGAGGCUUCCCCCCUCCUCUACGAUUGGUUAGAGCCACGUGGACGAAGAGCUUGGCGUGGGGAAGAUCCUCCCCGGUUAGAGACUGAAGUGGGACAUGUCGGUACCCGGGUUGGAGACACUCCAGAGGGAUGGUGUACUGACCUGUGACAGGGAGGUUAUUUUUACAAAGUAUCUAACAGACAAGUCCGCUCAAUCUGACUUCACCAACCUAUGAACUCAUCUCCUAUAAAGUCAUCAUCCAGCACCACAAAGCGAACCAUGGCGAGCUCCGGCAGGUUGAUCUGGAACUCGAAACUCUCGUCAAAGACCGGAUUGUCCCAGCUUUGGGUGACGGUCCUUGUGCGGCGUUCCGUGCAGUCAGCAGGGAUGCCGUGGAUCUCCACAUACACAUAAGGGUCCACCACAUCCCCUUUGGUGCCAGAACCCCUCGGCUUGGGAAGGUUCUGUCCGCUGAUUACCUGAGAAGGGUCACCACAUGGGCUGUUUUCAGAAUAUAAUCAUGAUUAUUCCAUCACAAAGAAUUUGUAUUCUGUGUGUUGAGCUUGUGUUAGUCUCUCACACCUUCACAUGGAGAAGCUGCGGGGACACCCCGGGCACAGUGUCUCUGGUGUCUGCACAGAAAUACGAUACCUCCUGCCGCAUGAUGGCAGGCCGCAGAACGUAACCGCAGUUUCCAUUCUGCCGGAACCAGGCUGUGUUCAGGUCCAUCAUCAGUCCAGCAGACUGGAAAUUCAUAGACACAAUCUGGCAGCCACAUUUCCACAGGUCCUGAGGGUUCAUGUUGCUGGAGUCGAUGCGCAUGGGGCUGGGGUAUACUCGUGACAGGAAGCGUUUGUUGUGGUCGACAAAGUUGCCGGGGCUCUCGCCAGCGAGACCCUCGGCCCGUUUCUCAUGAAAGGAGCACAGUUCCCAGGGUCUUUGGCUUCUGGUUGAUGUUGGGAAGUCGACAAAGUGGACCGACUGGCACAGAGUCACAAGGUCUGACAGCUCCUUCAACAGUUGGAUGCGUUUGUGAGGAAGAUGAGGAGGACUGCACUGAGUGGCAACUGUUGGAGUGACGCCUCUCUUUGGUGUGUCUUUGUCACUGCCUCCAGGUGCUGCCCCUCCAUUACUAGCUGCCUUCAUCCUUUCACACAUCUCAGCUCCUUCAUCCUCCUCGCUGACUUCCCCGUCCUCUGUCUCCCAACCCGGCUUUAACUUCUUCCCCUUCAAGACAAUCCGAUGCCUUAAGGUUUGUGGUGAGGGCAGGUAUGACUCCCUCUGGUCUGGAGGGUGUGUAAAGAGCCUCUCGCCGAGUGUCCUCACGAGAUGCUGCAUCAUCACCUUCUGCUGGCGAAGUGAACAGUGGUUCUCCAUGCACACAAUCAACGGAUAAUCAGACGCAACAAAUGCAAAGCGUCCGAUUACUUCCAACACGUUGCGAAGGGAAAGAGGAGGGCAAAGGGUGUGUCCGGUACACACCACAGGCUCCUCAUCGGGGCCAUCCCAAACAUCCACUUCCACACACCGACAGCCCAUCUUGAGCGCUCGGAUGUAGCCGGAAACAUCCGAGGGCCCUUUAUAUUGGUCCUCAAUGAGGUAGGUGUUGUGAGAGGAGUUGAUGAAGUAGUGAGACAAAGGUUGGGACAUGUCCUGGCACACACUGUCGUGUUCCCUGUCAAAGAGGUGGCACUCCGCCGACGUCAGGUAGCUGUUGAAGCCGUCCAUCGACAGGUAGCCCUGCAGCCGUCCCUCGUCUGAUGGCUCGUGGGACUGGAUGAGCCUCAGGCUGUCUUCUUCUGUCACCUGGAUGUGAGAGCAAGUAGACGUAAAGCUGACGGCAACAUGAGGACUGAGUUUGAGUGUGUGGAUUAACACCGACCUGAGCCACACCUUGCUCAGCCUCGAGAAACCGUGUCAAGUCUUUGGUGUCCAGAAAUUCCUUGUUGCUGGAGAACUGCACCAAGAGAAAGUAAAUCUCCGGACGUGUGCAGAAGUCAUGGAAGACCUCGAUAAACUCCUGUUUGGUGACCCUCUCACUUUCCCUCAAUGGAGCUUUGACCUGACUUUGGUCUUUUACUCCUGAUUCAUUAUUGAGCGCAGGACAAGCCGUCCUUUCAGCCCGACCUCUCUGAAGCUCUUUAAACCUGUGCUCCACUUUGCUGCAGCUCACCCCCGGAUUCACCGUCUGAAUGAGUUUUAUGGCGGAUUGCAAGCAAAUCCCCUGCUCGAUGUCCCCGUGACUGUCCAAAUCACCAGCAGCGGAGCAGAAAAGCUUCUCCAACCAACCAAGGCGAAGGCUGUGCUGUCUGCUGGCGAGCAUGUCCAGGGCGUGUUUGCCAUACUGCAUCAGAUACCUGGAGACGGAGACACAAAGGCAGUGAAGGAAUAACCCCCACGCAUCACAAGGAUCAGAUUUCAUCUCGUUUCUGUCUAUCAAUGGACACAUGCGUGGUAACCCGCUGGGAGUGUUCUACUAGUCAAAGAGUUUUUAUUAGUUAAUACCUGAGGCCCGUCACCCAAAUAUUAGCCACGUCCGUUGAGUGGGCCACGAGGUCCAAGCUCUCAUACAGCUCUCCAUAGAUAAUGGAGAAUGCGCAGUCCUCCGAAAUCUGCUCAUAAACGCCACUGGUGCGGAAGGUUUCUGUGUUACGACCCGUCCGUACCUACAAUGUGAAGCCACAACAAGAGAUAACGAUGAAAACAAAUCAACCAUGGCCCUUUUGUGCGGUUCAGUGUUGUAAACAUUUCCAAUGAGUUGGUCUAAAAGAAUCAAUGAAGUCAUUGGGGAAGGCAGUAACCAGUGAGACUUGAUUUAUCCUUUUGCCUGAACGCUGACCUCUCUGAUGGAGGACAGCGCAAGCCUGGCUUUGUCCGACUCCUUCUUGGAGGGCUCCCAGCACAGAGCCUGGAGUCCUGCGUCCAGGAGGUAGUAACGCUGGUACACGCGAGAGUUGGGCCGCACUUUCUUCAACUCGCUGCCUUCCACCUGGACACACGUGAGCGUAACACCCUUAGAGUCCAUCCGCUGCACAUGGCUUUUUCAUGCGCUGGAUGUAAAGCUUGGCGUGUAUGUAAUAUAAAGGGUCACGUAGCAGCUGACCCACCAUCGAGUGGAUACAGUCGGCCGCACCGCUGAUCUUCUUCUCUGAUAGGCUGCUGCUGAAGGACACGGUCUUCUUCCUAUCUCGACCCACCCGUGAGCCAUCCUGAUGACGAGGGAGAGAGCACGGAAUGAGAGCAUGAUGGAGGUAAAGAGCGAAGAGGGUGCCUUUAAUGCCAUGGAAAUAGGUUCUCUACAGAUUGACAGAAAGACAAUGAUCCCUCUGAGUGUAUUCUUUGCAUACACGCCACAACACACGUUUCCAGUAGAUGUGAAAGGAUUAAAACGAUCUUAUAUAACCACACAUAAAACAGAUUAUUUAGCCUACACAGAGCCUCCUCCUACCAAUCUGCUAUUGUUUUUUAUACCAUGUUCAAGCCUUAGCUCGCCCUUGCUCUUCACCAUUACACCAUUAAUCAUACCUGACUAGGCAGAGGCAGCACGCUGCCGCAUUCUAAUUCUGCCCCUUCAACAUGACACUAUCGCUGAAUCUGAGCUCAGUCCAUCCGUGUGGCACACUGAACACCCCGGGAAAGCGCCUUACACAGGCGAUAAAAGCAUAUAGUUGGACAACUUUAUUCAAUUUUCUAUUAGUACGCCGAUUAAACUCAAUCAAAGAUUCAGAUUGAAGGUAAAAGAUCAUUCAAUUGAAAGAAAAGGCAAACAUCCACAAAAAACACAACAAACUACCUCACUUGGACCCCAACGGUGCUUUAAUGACUACUGUAUGCGUUCAGAGCAAGGAACCGUAUUUAGUCAUUGCAAUCAAGUUGAACGCUCCCCUGGAAAACCUUGUGCAAAAAAGUAACAAUAAUGCUAAUUUCUAUAGAACAUAUCAAUAUUUGUACAUGAAAUUUAUGGAAGACAGACAAAUAUUUCAUGUUCAAUUAAAAAAAACAGACAAAAAAAUAAUCUUACAUAUCUUAUCAAACAAUAAUAUGGUUAUUAAAACUUCAGGCCCGCUUCCUUGGCCUUUUGAAUGACAAAAUGUCCUCCACAUUUUUGACUGGUACAGGUAAAAGAAAAUUCAAAUCGAAAUAAUAUCUAAAAUAUAAACUGUAUUAUACUUAUAGUACAUAUAAUACAGUGAUCAGACAUUACAUAUUUUGUUACUAAAGUCUAAAAGUCUAGUACUGUGCAAUUUACAAUAAUGACUACAAUGUACCACAAAUAAUUGAUUGAUUUACUUUUUAAAUAAGUACCCUAUAAGGCAGGGGUGUCCAAAGUGUGACCCCCACAUUACAGGAAAAAAAUGGAACCAAAAAAAAGCAAAAAUUGGAAAAAUAAAGCAAAAAGGCACAAUGUAAAGUGGCUUUUUAAAAAAAAAAAAAAAAAAAAAAAAAACCUUUUAUAAUAAAGUCAAAGUGGCCACACACAUUCUUUGAUUUUUCAGUAUGCGGCCCGCUGUUGAAAAAGUUUGGACACCCUUUACAAGUGGAUAAGGAAAUAUAAAUCACACAUUAAUGCUAAAUGAAAUAAAAUAAUACUUCAAUAAAAAAAAUGAUUAAAUAUUAUGUAGGACAUUGUAAAAAAAAAAAAAUGGAACGAGAGUACUCAAAGUGCAUUAAAAUCACGUUAUUUCAUUUGCGCUGGAUGGUUGCAAUGUUAAAUACAGUAUGACCGGGACUACAGUAGAGCCCCGCUUUUUGCGGAGAGUUAUUCGGAAAAUAAGACAUAAAAAUGUCUUAUUUUUGACAAAUGGCUCGCUCCCUCUACCCCUCUAAACCCUCUUAAUAAACACAUAUUGAAGUAUAAAAUGUACAGGUACUCACCACUAAUGAAUGAUUAAAAAUUGUGGGCUUUUUGAUUCAUAUAUGUUGUACAUAUAUGCUAUUAUCGUGUAUUUAUAAACUUACCAAUAUAGCAGGAAUGAGAUAAAAUGCCUAUUUUUGUAUAUAUGUUGUUGUUUUUUCCCAUUUGUGCGGCUUUGAAUGCUGAAUCACAAUUGUGCGGGGAUCCACUGUAUUGUGUACUGUACUGUAUUGUAUGAAAUCCUCCUAAAUCUUUAAACCAGGCCUGUUGCUUUUCAUUAACAUUUGUGGAAUUCACCCAAAAUGGUACUGUAUCUGCUUGCCUACGUAUUUUAUGUAGAGUACGUUGCCUCAGUGAGCCAUGCAGCUGAUUAUGAAAUGAAUUAAGUUAUUCACACGCCAUGGAUGACAAACACAUCCUCUGUAACGUGUAGCAUAAGUUUUGCGUAGAAGAGGAGCAGCGCAUGAACGAGCACGUGAAAGAAGGGCGACAUCAUUUACAGAGAAUGAAAGGUUUUCCUUCAGAGGGAGAGCGAAGGCGUCUUAAGCAUCACAAAUCCUCAAGGAAUCGCCUCAUUAAGAACACAGACGCGCUCCCAAUGGUGACAGCUCCCUUAUAUCUGUGGUGUGAUGAUUGAGGGAGCGCGGGGGCCAUCUAAAAAUACCCUUGGUGCCUUGGGCCAUGAUACUUGGACCAAGAGCACGCAUACUUCAGAGAUAAACAAUCCGUCUUUAGUUUGAUGCUGACUGCUUCCACUUCUUAAAAGGCUUGGAAAAAAAACCAUUUUAGAAAAAGCUAACAAAACGCAACUUUUAUUGAGAUGAUUUGUGUCCUCUCAUAAAAGCUUGCAUGCCUCGCAAUGUACCUCUUUUGCUCCUUCGAUGAGGAUGAACACACUGAAUUUGAAAUGCUUAAAAAGCUAUAUCACGGUGUCAAGAAUGGCCGCGCCUGUUUGUGUAAUGUACACUUUUCUAUAUGCGGAGAGAUAGAUGGUGACGUUCAUCAAUAUAUCUUUCCCUGUGUGUGUGUGUGGACAUUAGUCGUAAUGGAAGCAGCAGUCCUGCAUGGUCACACGUCCCCCUCUUUUCAGACUUCACAUAAAUAACACGCAUAGAAACACUCCUGAUUAACAGGCAGCCCCUAAGACAGAGCUCCCAUUGAAGUCAUCCGGGCCUUUUCUUUCUAUUAAACACAUGCUUUGGUGUGCACCUUCUCUCCUCCCCUCGCCUUUCAUCCGUUAAAUCCAAUUAUUGCACAUGUACAGGCUAUUAUGCACAUUCACCUCUGUUAGACUACCAUUUAGAAUUAAUUAUGCUCACAGAGUCAAAGGAGACCAAUUAACCCACAAGUAGAUACGGACUAAAAUGGAAAUGUAGGAUUAAAAGAAAGCUACACACUGCACAUGCAUGACGCUCAUUAUGUAGCAGGGCCGCGGCCCGAUUCUGUGCCUACCGCAAGACAACGACGACAACGAAGACGACAAAGGUUCCAAAAAAAAAUGCAAUUUGUACUGUAAACCAGGACGUGGCGCAUGAAUAAGAGACUUCCUGUGAGUUGUGAGUAGACGAUGCGGCAAGAAAGCGAGAACGAAAAGGCAAAGUUGAUAGAAAAUUGUUUGAAUGCCUCGAAAACUCUUGAGCAAGCCUCCCACACCUGUGUUCGCGUCACGACGACUCCCACCAAAUCAAAUGGUAAGUCAUUUUAUUUUAGUUGCGUUCUGUCUUAUUAUACGCGACCUUAUUUUUACACUUGGAUGCAUGAAGCCAGCUGCCUUACGCCAGCCUCCCUCACCCCUGUAUUCACUUCACUACUACCAGUAGUAGUACUACUACAUCAACAGGUAAGUCAUUUCAUUUUAGUUUCAUUUUGUCUUAUUAUACGUUGGUUAACGCCUUUAUAUGCUUGUUUGAACCGCAGGCUGCAUGGCGCCACCUGCCUUCAGCAAGCCUCCCUCCCUGCCAUGCUGCUACGACUGCACCAAAGGAAUGGAGCGGUGGAAGGGCACAGCGUGGAAGAGGGAUGGGAAUGACUGAGUGGAAGAAAGGAUUAAAUGUGGUGAUCAGUCACACCAGGUAAGAGAACAGAACCAACUGACAAAAAAAUAGACAUGCUGGAGGGGACGGGGGUAAUGAAAAAAGAAUUAAAAAAACAAAACAAAACAUGUCUGAUUAAUGACGCUGAUAAUGAUGACACUUGUAAUUAUUGUUUUGUGAGCGCCCACAUGACCUUGAGUGCUCAUUAGCCAGCUGACAGGCAUCACUGGAUGACAUACUAUUGUGUUGUAUUACUAAUUCCACCGUGUAACGAAAGCCUGUUGGAGUUAUUGGCUAAUUACAACUAGACUAUAUGUUGUGCGUCUGACAGAUAAUGGCUGAUUAAUGGCAUAUACAUACACAUGUAUGUAUAUAUUGCAGUUUAACAUUGCUAAUGGCUAUGGGCGAUAUAUGGAAUAUGCAAAAGAGACCCAUUAUGCAAUGGGUGAAAUGUUUUCAGAGAAAUGCACAUACUGUAGGUUGUUUGAGAGCAUGCAUGAGGAUGUCAGUGACCAGCGGCACUUGCCUGUCUGGGGAUGAACAACCAUUUUCCAUUUUGGGCUGCUUCUCAUCAUGUAACAUUAUGCUGUGGAUAACAUUUCAUUUGUACUCAAAGAGGCUUCUGUUGAGAUUGCAUCCCAGUUGAUCAUGACAGAAGAAGAAGGGUUACUGCUAUUAUUUAUUAGGAGUAGAAUACGAAUAUUUGGUACACUAAAAUCAGUGGUCCCCAUCAGUGGGCCGUGGGUCAUUUGGUACCAGGCCGCACGGAAAGAAAAAAUAAUUUCCAUUAUUUAAUUUUUUUUAUGUUUUAUUUUGAAAACUGGCCGGAUUCUCUCUGUUACAUCCGUCUCACUUGACGCAUGUCCAAUUGUGCGUGUGCUAACUUUAUCUCAUGCCGCACAGAUAGACUACUACUGUAUUUUUACCAUUUUUCUUUCACAUCAAAUUUGGUCUCAAAUGCUGAUACUAUGUGGGAAUGCAUAAAGGUAAGUUUUGAUGACUUACUGAGUGCUAAUGUGCACAUUUGCCUCAAGUUAAUUCAUGCUAGCGCACUGCCUUUUUGUAAUAAUCUCUCUGGAAAAAGGUGGCUGGAACUGGUGGAUGGUGGGUCGGCAUUCAUUUUGUGCUUUUAAUUUGAUGUUAUUCAUGUCUCAGUUUUACACAAUACAUAAUAAAUAAGUUAAAUUAGAUCGCUAUAAUGUACGAACCCCCCCACCCGGUCCGUGGGAGAUUUGUGGGAACACAAGCCGGUCCGUGGGUCAAAAAAGGUUGGGGACCACUGCUCUAAGUAACACUUAAAUGCGUUGAAGUUAUGAGGAAAUAUGAAAAGUUAAGCGCUUAAGCGACUAUGGCCUGACUAGACGUUGGUCCAGCAGCAGGUGCAUCACUAUACCUGCACAACCAACCCCCCAAAACACAUAUUUAAUCAAACUAAUGUGACGAUGGUUAAAACAUAAAGCUGUCUCAAGUAAUCUGAAAUGAAUAUUGUACAUUUCUUCAAAAAGAACAGAUCGCACAAAUAAUUGUGUAUGUUUAAUCACAUUUACAAAUUAAACUGCAUAAAAAUGGUCGUGCGCUUUCUUGGCGGCGGUGUCGGCGUUGCGUCAGAUGCUCAGUCAUGUUAGACGCGGGUGCCUUUCAGCUUCUUUCCGUGAGUCCGUCCCCUGUACUUGCGAAACACUUUGUUUAAAAGGCAGGCUUCGCUACACAUCUUAAAAUAAACUAUAUCGGUCAACUACAGACGUGGGAGCCGUGUGAUGUUUUCUUCAGCGAAGGUCGCAGUGCUGCAAAUGGGGGGCGGGGGGGGAAACGACAAAUCCCUGUGUGAGAUUUGAUGAGCCUUUGCAGCACUCUCGGACAAUUGAGCAAUCCAUCUGCCGAUUGAAAGAUAAUCAGUCGUUACAGCCUGACUCAGGUUGAACCUCAUUAGAGUCAAGUGUGCCACGAGCGCGCAGCGUCUCGCUGCGUCGGUGCUGCACACAGAGGUCAGGAAGUACUUGCGGUCUUUUCAAUAGAAAAUGUGGUUUUCACGCUCACACAGUAGCUGAUGAUAAACCCUGGCCUUUUUACAGCUCUUGUACGCCACACAAAACAAAACUACACUGAUGUAUUGUGUAUUUGCUGAAGGUUAUUAAGACCACAAAAGCCAAAGGGAAGACAAAAGACGUCAUUUACUUGAAGUACAAGUGCAAAAGCUGUGCGACUUUCACCGACAGACUGCGAGUUGAGUUAGAAUUUAGUGAACAAGGCCGAAUAAUCCUGAACAUGACCACCUAUUUCUUUGACAGCUCCUCACAUAUCAGGAGAUUUUGGUCCACUGCGGCGCUAAUCAGCAGCUGCUAUGUGUGGUAGAUUAUUCCACCAUUCCGCUUCCGCCCAAUGCCCUGUAAAUUCAAUAAGAAAUGCUUUAAUGGGUUCUUCUUGGGCCUACAUUAUUUACGUAAGAGUUUUUGCGUAACCCUGCUCACAAGCCGUGAUUAAAAAUCCAAAAUAUUAGAAACACCUGUCAGUAUGAUGCAGUGCAGCACUACACCACUAUAAGCUAUAACCAUAAAUUAAACACUGUUCAAUUAUUCAUUUGCAUUCAUUCAUUUUCUGUGCCGCUUGUCCUCACUAGGGUCGUAGGGGCAUGCUGGAGCUGAUCCUAGCUGACUUUGGACAAGAGGCGGGUUUCACCCUGGACUGGUCGCCAGCCAAUCACGGGGGACAUAUAGACAAACAACCAUUCACCCUCACAUUCAUACCUAUGCACAAUUUAGAGUCUCCAAUUAACCUAACCUCUAUAUUUUGAAUACAGCUAUUGUACAGUAUAUGCCAUAUAUACAGAAAUGUUGCCUGAAUUGUUCCCACAAAGUUAGAACCAUAAAUUGUUUUAGUAGAAUAAAGAAUAAAGAAGAU